AUCUUUCUCUCUCAUCAUCAGCAUAAUCCAAACCCUAACCCUAAUUUCUUCUUCCUCUAUCGAGGAAAGAGAAAAAGGGAGGGAGAUGAGCGAGAGAGGAGAAGGGGAGCUGGUUCUCGUAGCUCGAAAGGGUGGUUUCGGGCUGCCGACAGCUUGCCCUAAUUGCCUCCCAGUCUAUCUCUACCUCAGAUUCGCCAACGCUUCGUUCAGUCUCGAUUUCGAUGUCGCCAACCCCGAUUCUGAUCAUGUACCAUAUAUCGAAUAUGGUGAUUGUGUGUUAUUCAGCAAUGAGAAGGGAGGUGUUAUUGAAUGCUUGAAAGGAGAGAGCAUAGUUGAUCUGGACUCGGGACUCUCAGGUGGCUGUGUUCCUCAUUGGUUGGCGACAGAGGCGUUGAUCAGCUCCUGGCUUGCAGAGGCUGCACAAUAUGAACUAUGGGUUGCUUCUAAUGGAAGUGGUGCAUAUAAAAUAUAUUUCUCUGACCUGUCAUGGCCCGUUGCGAAGGUUCUCCAUUGGAAACAAACUCAAACAGUUAAGCAGCGAUUGGGAAUAACAUAUCUCAAUGCCAAUGGAAAAGAAGAAGAGAUAUAUCGUAAAGCAGCUGCUGCAUAUGAGGCUUUAUCUCAGAGGUUAGGAGAACAAACAUUUUUCUUUGAUGACAGGCCGACAAGCUUGGAUGCUGCUUUCCUCGGGCAUGCUCUUUUUGUGAUUCAUGCUUUGCCAGAUACCUCUACUCUGCGAAAUAAUCUCUUGCAAUAUGACAAUUUAGUUAGAUAUUCUGAAAAUCUUAAAGUGCAGUAUGUGGACUCUAAUUCAUCGUCCUCCAUUCCGCGAUCUUCCUUUGGUCCAUCAGCAUCAUCAUCAUCAAGAACAAAAUCCUCAUCAUAUUGGAGUUCCAAGUCCAAACCAAAAGCUAAAAGGGAGAAAACCGAAGAGGAGAAGACUUUUCGGAGGAGGGCCAAUUAUUUUCUUGCCACCCAGUUGGUUGCAGUGCUAGUGUUCUUGUCUCUUUUCGGAGGAGUUGAGAAUGCUGAAGAUGAUGAUGAGGACGAACUAGAUUAUGACGACUGAGAAAAUAAAAGCUGCUUACUUUUUUGAAAUUCACAGCAGUGGUAACUCUCGCCACAUUCUGAGGCGUUCCUUUUUUAAAUUUCACGUACAAUAAAAAAUGUGUCUUCAUUAAUCUCUCUUGUUUUACUUUGUAAACUAUGUAUUGUUUGUACCUCACACGAUAAUUUUUGAAGCCAUUCACAAGUGACGUGCGAAUCUGAAGGAGAUGAUUCAUUGUGGGUUCUCGCAUCCACCAUUUUCUGUAGGAAUGAAGAUGCUCUUAAAUCUGACAUAGUUUGUCCUGUUCCUGCUAGGAGCCUAGUUUAUGAUUUGCCAAUACAAAAUUCUCAUGUAUGGAUCUGUGAUAUUAUUGCCUGCAAAAUUCAAAUGUUCUAUAUUAAUUGUUUUCGUUAUACAUGCAA